AUGCAGAGAGCAUCACGGGCUGUUUUCAUAGCCCUGUUCUCGGUUGCCCUAGCCGCGCUGCAAGUCAACCUAGACUAUGCGACAUAUCAGGGCUACUAUGACAGCACAUAUGACCUGAAUAUUUGGAAAAGUGUUCGAUACGCCGCACCUCCAGUAGGAAACCUCAGAUGGCAAGCUCCGAGACCCCCGCCGACCAAUCGCAGUGCAGUCAUUCCCGCAACCGAACAGCCCCCAAUCUGUCCACAGACCGGAGGCUAUGCACUGCCCGCCGUCUAUGGAUUCACUUCUGGUUACGGUGAUGAAGACUGCUUGUACCUGAAUGUCCAUGCUUCCCCCAAUGCCUCCUCGCUCCCUGUAAUGGUCUGGAUCCAUGGUGGCGGCUACUCAAAGUUUGGAGCUGUCUAUGACCCGAGCGUGUGGCUGAACACCAACGACAAUGGCUUUGUCUUUGUAGAGAUCCAAUACCGGCUUGGCGCCUUCGGGUAUCUCUCCUCCCCCGACAUCAAGAACAAUGGUGUGCUCAACGCCGGCCUUUUGGAUCAGCGGUUCGCGCUAGAUUGGGUACAAAAGUAUAUCACCAAGUUUGGCGGUGAUCCGACUCGUGUCACUAUUGGCGGGGAGUCUUCUGGUGCCGGUUCUGUCAUGUUCCAUGCCCUGGCCUAUGGCGGAAACGAUGCCAAGGUCUUCAAUAAUAUAGUUGCUGCUAGCCCGUAUACACCACCGGUCUACAACUACAACGACCCGGUACCGACGGGCAACUACCAGGCCUUUGUCGAUCUGGUAGGAUGCGGUAGAAAUGCCGCCUCCGCAGCGGACGGUGCCAGCACAUUUGCGUGCCUGGUCGCUGCAGACACCUUGGUUCUGCAAAAUGCCAGUGGAACCGUGUCUACCACGCGAGGCUAUUUUGGUAGCUUUGCCUUUCAGCCUGUAGUCGACGGUAGUUACAUACAAACUCGCCCCUCGCAGCAGCUUUUGACAGGCAAAGUCAAUGGAAAGCGCAUUCUUGUUGGGAACAAUGCAAAUGAAGGUGUCCCACUCACCAAUCCCGACGUUGACACGUUUAGCGAGUACAAUGAUUUCAUCGCAAAGACAUAUCCGCGCUUCACCCCCGCCGAUGUCAUUAGUCUCAACGCCUUUUACCAGACGGCCUUUGCCCAACAAGGAGACAAUGGCACCCGCUUCGACACCUUGGGCGACUCUGGCCCCACGGCCCUGACCGUGUCCGAGUUCGCGACGGGCCUGCAGCAGGCCGUCUUGGACAUUGGCGCCGAGUCCGUCUACGACUGCCCGGCGCAGUGGCUGGCCGAGGCCUUUACCCCGGGGGCGCUGCAGGCCUGGAAGUACCAGUACUCGGUCACGCCCGCGUACCACGGCCACGACCUGACGGCCUACUUCGCCGUCGGCGCCACGGUGCCCAAUCUCGACUUUCGAUAUGCGUUUCAAAAGAUUCUGGGCAACUUUAUCGUGUUCAACUCGCCGCUCAUUUCUCGUCAGAACGCGACUGCUGGGUAUGCCAAUGCGACGGCCCCUCCUGGUGCUUAUGGUAAUAUUGGCUGGCCCGAGUAUGGAUUGAUCAAUCCAACCAUGAUCAAUCUGAAUACUACAGGAGGCCAGUUGACCGAGGUGGUCGUCACUCCAAACUUGACGUUUUAUCAGCGUACAGGCCCCGGAAUUGUCAACAGAUUCCGCCUUGUCAACUCCAGAACCUGGGAAGGCGGACGCGGUUUCCGCUGUGAUUUCUGGCGAAGUGUUUCGGCGAGAGUUCCUUACUAA